GUGAGUGUUUGACAUAACGUGACAGUUUGAUGCUUUUACAACAUAAACGUUUAGCUUUGCUAUUUAUUUGACUCGAACCCAGACGAUUUACAUCAUCUGAAUAUAACAUCAAAUCAAAAUGCUACCACUUUCCUUGUUGAAGACGGCACAAAGCCAUCCAAUGUUGGUCGAAUUGAAGAACGGCGAAACAUACAACGGACAUUUGGUGAGCUGCGAUACAUGGAUGAAUAUCAAUUUACGUGAAGUGAUUUGCACAUCAAAGGAUGGUGAUCGUUUCUGGCGUAUGCCUGAAUGCUACAUUCGUGGCAGUACAAUCAAAUACUUGCGUAUUCCGGACGAGGUGAUUGAUAUGGUGAAAGAGGAUGCCCAAAUGAAGGCACGGAAUCGCCAGGAAAUGAAAGGCAACCGAAACCAACAAAACCAACGACAAGGCUUGGGACGACCGGGCCAAGGUGGUAACCAAAAUCGAAACACAUUUCAACAGCGCAACCAGGGCAAUCGUCCGGGCAAUUUCCAACACAAAAAACCACAGCAACAACAACAGCAACCAAAAUGAACAAACCCAUUCACAUGUGAAUCAUUUAUUAUUUUUAAUGGAAAUCAUGAUAAAUAAAAGCAUAAGAAUUUGAACCUUCUAAAAUAA